ACGAGAGAGGCAAAACAGAUCAGCGCAAAACAGUUCAGCGCAUCCCACCACGACCAAAUGCUUCUUUCAAUAUAUUGCUAUAUUCCGUUUUCAGUGUACCUAGGUAGAUCCUCUUUAUCUCUCUUGGAAAUGACAGCCCGACUACGGAGAGUUAUGCCCUUGGCGCUGGUGGUUGUCAUGUGCGCACUGAUCUAUGUGUUUCUGUAUGGACACAUCUCUGAAGACAGCAUCGGGAUCCGUUUCUACGGUGAUGGAAACAUUGUGGCUGUCUAUGACACAUCUAAAAGGUUGAGCUUGCCCACAUGGUUGAAGAACUUCCACUAUGCCUCCAAUGUGGACUUAAAUAUUAAUAUAACUAGGAAAACUGCAGCUGGUAACUUCACAGCAAUCACAAACAAAGAAAAAAGUAAUUCCGUGACGACUGAUCCAACAACUUUAAAGCAGACCGUAAAACAGACAACAGGUGGACCUAGGUCUGCACACGAGGAGACCCCUAUGCUCCCCCUGCAAAAAAAGGACUUCGAGCAAUAUCCCAACUGGGAUUUUGAGGAUGUUUAUGUCCGGGACAAGCAAACGAGACAGACGGCCUGUCCCCAGUCUCUGCGGAACUCCAAGGACCCAGGCUUCCAGCAGGCCUUUAUACCAGACGUCCAGUUGUACCUCCACGGUGAACUACUCAACGUGCCAGAGUGGAACAGGCUAGCUCACUUCAAUAACCCCUUUGGCUUCAUGGAAUACACAAACUACACAGAGAUAAAGGCAGUGGUGGACCUGAUCCCCAAGCCAAGAGAGGCCCUGCUCCUGCCACGGGGGAACCUCAAGUGUAUUCGCUGUGCUGUGGUGGCCAACGGAGGAAUACUCAAUGGCUCUCGGAUGGGGAACGAGAUCGAUGACCAUGACUACGUGUUCCGGAUGAAUGGUGCCGUAACCAAGGGUUAUGAGGAGGAUGUAGGUAAUAGAACGUCGGUGUACAUUCACACUGCCCACGCCAUCACAUCAUCUCCUUAUCUAUUCCAUGAAUAUGGCUACAACAAUGCACCUCAUGACGAGGGUAUAAAGUAUGUGAUGAUUCCAGAGGGGCUGAGGGAUUUCCAGUGGCUACAGGGUCUAUUUGGGAAGACACUAGUCUCUAAAGGACCGUACAAGGACAGACAGCCGUGGAAGGACUACUCAGGACAGUUUGAUGAGACCCGCUUCUAUGUUCUUCACCCUGACUUUCUCAGAUACAUCCGCAAAAGGUUCAUGUGGUCCCAGGAGAUGAAGAGUUCAUUGUGGUCUAUAUUCAGACCUACCAACGGAGCAUUCACACUCUUCCUGGCCCUGCACACCUGUGACAUGGUGGAUGCGUAUGGAUUUAUCACAGAGGACCACGAUAAAUAUCCCAACUACUAUGUUGAGAGGAACUCUAAAACCAAAGUCAUCUUCUACUCUAAUCACGACUACAACCUAGAGAUUAAGACCUGGAAGAAACUACAUGACACCAAGAUCAUCCGGCUUUAUCAGAGACAGGAGGACCCAGAGGGAGAGACAGGCAAAACAAAACAACCAUAAAACCCUGUCUGUCUGUAGAGGUGGACAAAGAUACAUCAAAAUGUGUCUGUUACAAAAUACCCUAAAGAACAAUUGUAAUGGGGAAAUGUAAGAUCAAUAACGUUCAUAUUUAGUUGUGUGGUUAACACAAUGUUAGCAAAUUGAUAUAUUGUUCCUUUCUGUAAUAUACAUGAUUUCCAGUGUUCUGUUUGUGAAUCUCGCGUUGAUGGUGGUUACUAGACUCGUUGCUGUAUGUUAUGGUUUAAACUCAUAAUAGUCAACCCAGGGACUGUGGUUGAAAAUUAGCCGGCUGGCUAAACCUGCACUUUCACAGAAACGUUGAUUAUUAAUGUGCACUAUCCUUGUAAAAAAAAAAAAUACAAAUAAAACUCAAAUAAUUGUUGAUAGUGACUGACGCCAGACUGGAGGUACAAGGACUCAAGACACACUGAUUAUUAUUGUAUUGUGUGAAACACUGUGAUUAUGAAGCACCUGGCAAAGCCACUACGUUUUGUUUCCAUUUCCUAUUUCUAUGGUCUUCCAAGUCUUGUCUAUCGAAAAUGGUGGCCGUGAGGCUUGCCACGGUACAAGCGCUGAUUCUAUGUCUCUCACUUUUGUCAGUGUUAUUUGUACGGAGGUCUAAAUAUUUACACAAAUACAGUUGUUUGGAACUACUAAGCAUCAGGGAGAAAUCGUAUUAGUGUUUCUGGUCCACAACAUCGUUCUUUACCUGUGGAAUUGACUAACAACGUACCUGGUCACUGCCUAUAGGUGAGAAUACACCCGGACAUGGAAGGUGAGCUGGCCCCCUCUGCCUGCCUUGCUACUAUCGAAUGUCCGAUCACAACAUUUAUGAACUCCUGCUUUUGAUAUUAACUAAGAGAUUACGGGGAAUGCUUUGCCAUCUGCCUGACUGAGACAUGGCUGGACCAAUCUUUUAUU